AAUUCACAGUUACGGACAGUAUUAUUACAAGAAUCACCCAACUCAUAAUAGUAUCAUGUAGAAUCUAUCAUCAUUAUUAUAAUUUCUGAUUUUUAGGACAGGAAAGCCAAGAUUUUGCUUCCUCCUCGCCAAGGAGUUUGAUUAACAAAAAUGCAAGUCAUAAUUCUAUAUAUUACUAUUACCGACCAGGAAAUAAAAUUAAUCCUAAAGCCUGCUCUUUAAGCCAAAAACCCUAGCCUACGGUCGAAGAAAAAUGGGUAACCCUAAUCUAAGCAGAGGGAGGAGCUGGUUUAGCUACUUCCAAUACGAAGACGGAAGGGAUUCUCCGAGCGAGGCCCGAAACGUUCUUUUAUUGGUAGCGGCGUUAAUAACUGCGGUGACGUUUCAGGCAGGGGUAAAUCCUCCUGGUGGCGUAUGGCAAGAUGACGAGGGUGGUCAUGUGGCUGGCAGGGCUAUUUACGCUACACAAAAGAAUGCCUAUUACAUUUUCUUGAUUUCUAACACGGUAGCGCUUUCCACAUCUUUACUGCUCAUUGUAUCUCUGACAUACAGGUUCCCAUUUCACUUUGAAAUAUGGGUUGCUACUUUUUCAAUGAUUGUGACCUACGCCUCUGCCAUUUUCGCUGUUACUCCUGACGAAUCUGUAAGAUUUCGCUACAUUUUGCUCGCUGCUUCUGUCCCUUUUUUGGCUAGGUGCUCGAUUCAGAUAUUCAAUAAGAUAAGAAGCAAGUUGUCCAAUUAGUUAAUCCGAAACCUUUUCUUUGUCCAAAUAGCUUAAACAUGGUAUUAUUAUUAGCUACCUAUUUCCUUCUUGAUUGUAAUGCUAUUAUUAAUUUAUAUGUUCAUAUGGAAUUAAUAAAAUCUUCCUCUUUCUUAAUUACCAUCUUAAUUAUU